AGAACAGACCACGCUGAGCGACGAAGCGGCCAUGCACGCGCCAGCGAGCCAGGGAGGCAGCCGGAUUCCGGUGAACGGGUAAAGGAUCCCUGCGGCGAUGGGCAUGCCGAGGACGUUGUAACCAAGCGCCCAGACGUAGUUCAUCCGAAUGCGCGCAAUGGUCUUCCUGGACAAGUCUAUGGCCGUGACAACGUCUUCCAGGUUGCUCUUGAUCAGGACUAUGUCGGCUGCUUCUAUGGCCACGUUGGUCCCUGCUCCGAUCGCCAUCCCUACGUCGGCCGCCACUAACGCCGGCGAGUCGUUGAUCCCGUCUCCCACCAUCGCCACUAUCUCCCCUUUCCCCUGCAUCAGUCGAGCAUUGUGAAGAACGGAUCAAUGAUCCUUGAUCUUAUCAGCCUUCCCAACCGGGGUGGUCUCGGCGAAAAAGUAAUCAAUUCCGACGUCUCUGGCGAUGGCUGCGGCGGUUGCCCUGUUAUCCCCUGUCACCAUGAUGCUAGUGAUCCCCAUGGAACGAAGGAAAGAGAUCACACGUUGAGCCUCUGGCUUCACGGGAUCGGUCACUGCAAAAGCUCCAGCCAUCUUCCCAUCAAUGGCGACCAGCACACACGUUCUAGCCAACUCUUCGUUUUCGAAGAUGUAUUUCUCCACCUCUGGCCCCAGUGUGAUCUCAGAUGUCCGCAUAAGCCUUCUGUUCCCAAC